AUGCAAAGAGAUCUGGAAUUUAUAGAGAAAGUUAAAAAAAAUAAAGCCAAUUUUCAGAAGCUGGCUCAAGAAUAUUUUUCACCUGACCUAGCGUUUAUGCAGAAUAUCCCAAAUUAUAUUAAUCAAAAUAAAAAUCAAUGAUCUCAAUCAAGAAUGAUAGAAUCAUCAAACUCCAAUAUACCUGAAAGCUCCCAAACUAAUUUUACUCCUACAAAUAUUGAAAAACUCGAAAAUAGCCCAAGAAUUAAUACAAACUUUGAGCUGCUUAUCAACCAAAAAGGAACAAUAAGACCAAUUACUAUAAGCAAACGAUUAACAACUAUAGGGGGUCGCGAGGAAUCUGAUGAAAAACUUGGUUAUGCAGAUACUAACGAAUUGAUUUUUACAGCAAGAAAUGACAAACUUUUUGUGUCUGAAAGUGUAUCUCCUUGAUAUGAAGCGUCAAUUAAAAUAAGAACGUCGAUUUUAUAUAAAGGAGCAUCUUUUAAGAUUGGAGAUCAGCAUUCUAAUUUAUUUAUUGAAGAGGUCUACCAAGACAGGUCAAUUAAGCUAAAAAUUGAGCCACAUAUGAAGGAGUCAAUCAUGCUAGGUAGAGAUGGUGGGACUAUUGGCAGGGGUCCAAAAAAUAAAAUUUGUAUAGAGGACUUUUCGAUAGGAAAAGUCCAAGCUGAAAUUAAAUGCAAGAAAAGGUAAAGUUAAAAUAUAAGACCAUAAGAAGAUAGACCAUUAGCUACCUAUCUGGCGUAAACCCACUUGACCAAAAGAUAGCUCCCUAGGCUAGAACCAUCUCUUGAAGAUGCCCUGUUAGUCCCUGCCUAUCCCAUCUGGCAGGGAUAUGAAUGAACCUUCGGGAACAAAACAAUUUCCCUCUUCAGCAGACUCUGUUGAUAUCAUUAUUUUAUUUCUAAAUGCAACCAAGGAAUUUGGAUAAUCAAAGAUUUAUUGCCUGCCUAUGGGAUUUUUAGGUAUUUACACAAUGCAAACUCUUUGGAUAAACAAAAAAAUUCUCCAGAAAUUGAGGUCAAAGAUGGGGAUUUAAUUAAACUGGAAAGCUCUGGCUUUGAAAUUCAUGUAGAAAACUCAGACUAA